AUGCGGACGCGCUCGAGCACCGGUUACAACGCGAUCCCCGAGAACGUCGCCGCCGUCGUGUUCUCGCACCUCGGGGAAGACCCGCGAGACCGCGUCGCGCUCGCCCAGGUGAGCAAGGUGUGGAGGGACGCGGAGAAGUCUGACGCGUCGUUGCCUGGGGGCUCUCCCAGUGCUUUGUUCGAGCUCGGCGAAGGGCUUUACUACGCGAAGGAGUAUGAGCAUGCGUUCUACUGGUGGCACAGGGCGACUGGAGACGCCGACGCCAUGUACUGGAUCGGACGCUGUUACCGCUUUGCGUACGGCGUGAAGGGAGACUUCACGAAGGCGUUCGAGUGGUGGGAAAGAGCGUCCGGGUGCGGGCACGCCGGAGCGACCCGCCAGCUCGCGCUUAGCUACGAGCACGGCCCUGGCGCGGAGGAAAAUAAAAAGAAGGCACUCGGGCUGUACCUCAAAGCGGUCGAGUUGGGCGACAAAUAUGCCGCGUAUAAGCUCGGGCUCAUCUACCACGACGGCCGGUGCGGCGUGGCGGUGAACAAAACGGAGGCGCUGAAGUGGUACCGCGUCGCGGUGGAGCGCGGCGAUACCCACGCGCAAGGGUUUGUGGACAAACUCGAGGCCGAGCUCGCGGCGGCGUGA